ACGACCACACACGCUCUCUUCACUCACGUUCUUUUAUCCCACUUAUCACAUUCCUUGCACAUAAUGAAGAUCAGCACUCUCGCUCUUUUGGUUGCCGUUGUCAACGCUGCACCAGUUAUCAUUACUCGUACACAUACUGCUCCUGCUGUUACUGUGUGGGCCACUGCCAAUAUUCCAACUGGUACUAAAACUUCUAUAGUGACUACUUCUGCAGCCCCACCUGCUAAUUCUGCUCCUGCUUUAGGCGGUCAAGCUCCAGCUCCUCCAGCCCCAGCUCCUCCAGCUGAAGAAACCACUACUGAAGCUGCUCCAACUACUCCAACUACUACUGAAGCUGCUCCAACUACUCCAACUACUACUGAAGCUGCUCCAACUACUCCAACUACUACUGAAGCUGCUCCAACUACUCCAACCACUACUGAAGCUGCUCCAACUACCCCAACCACCCCAACCACUACUAAUACCCCAACUACAUCUAGUACGCCGGCACCUCAACCUCCAACCACAUUAACCACAUCAUCUUCUACAUCCACCACCCCAACCACUUCCACCACAUCCCCUACUGAUUCCCUCAACUCUUUCGAAGCACAGAUCUUGGCCACUCAUAACGAAAAGAGAGCCCUUCAUGGAGUUCCAGAUCUUACUUGGGAUCCAGUACUUGCCGAAUAUGCUGCCAAUUACGCAGCUAAAUCCUUCUCCUGUGAUAAUGUACAAUUGAUCCAUUCUGGUGGUCCAUACGGUGAAAACUUGGCGGCUGGUUACGUCGGUGGAGCCGACCCAGUCACCGCCUGGUACGAUGAAAUCAGUCAAUAUGACUUUUCCAACCCUGGUUUCACAGAAGCUACCGGUCACUUCACCCAGGUUGUUUGGAAGUCAUCCAGCACUCUUGGAUGUGCCAAGGUCUCCUGUGGUAACGCAUGGAGACAAUACACAAUCUGUGAAUACUCCAAACAAAGAGGAAACGUUGUCGGUACUGACUCUUCCACUGGAAAGAGUUACUUUGAAGAAAAUGUCCUUCCACCAUUAUAAAUUCCCAUCU